CAAUCUCGAGCCCGCAGUCGCAGCCGCCCCCGCAGCCGCCAGCGACCAAGAGCGGCGGCGACCGGUCGGCGGGCGACUCGGCUCCCCUGAUUCCCUCCGGUAUGGACGGCCAGGCUCCACACCCCAUCGCCGUCGCACCCGAAUCCCUGCCGCACCCACCUCCGACUCUGGAGACGGAGGCGGAGGAUGACCCCGUCGUCGUCCCCGACACCUCCGAUGCCGCUUCUUCGGAGCCCUCCAAGGUCGGCGCCCUUUCGACGUCGCCUCUUAUUAAGGCGGAGGACGACCCAGUCGUCGUCCCCGACUCCGUCGAACCCGCUUCUUCGGUGGCCUCCGUGGUUAGCGCAGGUGGUGUAGUGCCACUGCCGCCGCCGUCGCGGCCUCUUGAGGCGGAGGAGGAUCCCCUCAUCGUCCCCGACACUUCCGAGGCCCUUCCUUUGGAGGCCCCCAAUGUUGGCACAGGUAGCGUGGUGCCCCUGUUGCCAUCGCCACCUCUUGAGGCGGAAGACGACCCCCUCAUCGUCCCCGUCAUUGAUGCCUCUUCGGAGGCCUCCGACGUGGUUGCCUCUGGUGUCGUGCUUACGGACGAGCUCCGUGACAAGAUAGUUAAACAGGUGGAGUACUACUUCAGCGAUGAGAAUCUUCCCACAGAUGAGUUUAUGUUGAAAUUUGUGAUGAAGAACAAGGAGGGCCUUGGUAAUGUUCCGCUUGGAGUUAUUGCAUCAUUCAGAAAAAUGAAGAAACUUGUUCAGGACCACUCUACAAUUGAAGCUGCCCUUAGGACAUCAUCCAAGCUGGUUGUGAGCUCUAAUGGGAAAAGAGUCAGAAGGUUACAUCCCUUACCAUGCAAUGAAUUGAAAGACGUGAAGAAAAGGACUGUUGUGGUGGAAAAUCUACCUCUGGAUUUCUCCCUGGAGAGUAUACAGGAGAAAUUUGGAUCAGUUGGCAAAAUUAUGAAGAUAGCCAUCCAUGAUCCACAUGCAGUUGGAGAAUCUGCAGCAUCGAAGAAGCCUGACAUCAUGUUGAGUAAUAAGGUACAUGCCAUUGUUGAGUAUGAAGCAGUGGAGGCAGCUGAGAAGGCUGUGGCCACCUUAAACGAUGAGAGGAACUGGAGAACUGGGAUGAGAGUCAUACUUCUGGCUAAACGAAGUGUAGUGGGAUCAGGAAAGAAUAUCCAGUCUUCUAAAGAAAAUCAUGGAACAUGUUUGAGAAAGAACAACGAGGGCCAGUUUUCAAAAGAAGUACAGCAGUCGGUAUCAGAAAAAAAUGGUGGUGCUGAUUCAGGAGAGGUUGCUUCAGAUAAGGAGAAUGUGAACUCUGAUGUUAACCAUGAGGAGGUGCGCCAACACCAAAGGGCAAAUGCUAGCGGUGGUCGAAAAGGCAGAUACAGAAGCCAAGGAAAAGGCCUGAGUGGACAAGGGCACGGCUCAUCCCCUACUAUUCCUGGUUCUGACUCUGCAAACAAGCCUAUUUCUGGACCGAGAAUGCCGGAUGGAACAAGGGGCUUUACAAUGGGGCGUGGUAGAUCGCUUCCACUUCCGAAAGCGGAGAAGGCCCAGAAGACCGAGGAAUAGAACUUUAUACAAAUGGGUAGUGCUUUUUCAUGCCACUUUAUAAAGACGCUAUUUAUGUCGAUCUGAUUGUGCAUAUUUGAAUCGCAAAAAGGAGAAGAAGUGAGGAAGUUAUUAAAAGGGACUUUGCGCUCUGGUGCUGUAUUGUUGCUGCUGAUUGGAUAAGUGUUGCGCGAACAAUAAUGAAUGGAGAUCGAGAUCACAUCCUGCAGCUUGGUCGGUCUUCAAUUUGGGCCAAUUCUGCUGCCUGGUCCUGCUCUAAGGGCCUACCACGUUGGGAGCCUGCUGUGUCGCUCUGCCUCGGCGUUCUUGUGCGUUGUGUCGAUUCCAGUCUUACAAGUCAAGCAGGGGCCAGUAGUUUGUCUCAAAAAAAAAAAAGCAGGGGCCAGUAGUCACACUACGUUUUUAUUUUUGCAAUUAGUCACACAACGGUUGAUAUUUGUAUUUGCUGCUGUUCUACCUUUCUGUACGGCUUAAAAAAAGGAAUCUUCCGAGUUU